UAUACAAGACAUCAGGAAAGGUGGAUGUGUUCGAUUGGUAACAGGCAUCUUUCAUUAGAUCCACCUAGUUGGUUUAGUUCCAGGAAAGCUGUUUCGUGUAUAGGUCAAAAUAUGCACAGGAUCUAACGCAAGAAUGUUUACACCUGAAAGUGACAAGGAUAUCAAUGUGACAUCAUCAAAAACAAGGACACAUGAGUUGAUGAUUUGCAGAGUGAACCGGAUUUUGGUUUAUUCUCGGGAUUAAUACAUUCUGCCUAAAACAAACAUCAUGAUUGGCCAAGUCACUGCAGUAUGACCUCCGUCGUGUGCCGUUCUGAAUAUCAUCACAGGAAUUAAAUGUGAAUAUCUCUUUCAGAAGAAACUGAAAGACUGAUUUAUGAUGGAAUGUGCUUAUAACGUUUGAAAAAUGGAAGUACCAUUUUGAACAUAUUUCAGCGUAAGUGAACGAUACAUGUAGCAUCGAGUCGCUUAAACGACAUAAGAGCGUGUAUUUAUUUCAUUGAAUAUCAACCAUUUCUCUAUCAACAUUUCAUUCCCUUUCAUGAGCGGCAUUAUGGGGCGUUUUCAUUUACUCUUCAUUUCAUAUUUAACGACUUUGCUUAUGUACUGUGGUAUUGUUAGGUCCAUUGCAACCUUUUCUCCUUUAAAUGCAACAGAAAUUCCAGAGCCUGGUUUGGUUUCAAAGAAUCACUUUCUGCCGGUUGGCUGGGAAGAUAUGUGCACGCUGAAAGAAACAAAACAGAACAGUGUUUAUUUUCAAUGUUUUAUUGAUACUAAGUAUUCAGGUCUAUGGCGACUGGACGUUCUCAGAGACUGGAUAUCCACGUCAAAAUAUCGGUACCAUUUUCAUGUGUAUUGUUCUAGUUGGGCAAACGUGUCCAUUCCCUGGCCAGUAAAAUCACUACACCUGGUCAGUUUAGAGGUCAACGAAUGUUUGAUCACAGAUUUCCUGUCUGAAUCAUCAUUCGGGGAGACAUCUGCAUCAGCCGUUCCCGAUCAGCUUAUUGAUCUGAGACUCAUUAACAGUCAAAUAUUAAUCGGUCUUGUUGGAUUAAUUACUUACAUGAGUAAUAUUGCCAGUAUGCCAAAAGAUUUCAUCUGUGGUCAUGAGGAUACAAUCGUGGACGUGGCUUUACGAAACAUUACCUAUAUAUUUGACGAAAGCGAUAUCACUGCUUUUAUAGGAUCUUUUAAUGAAGAGGAAAAAGAAUCAAACGGAUCCACGCAUGCUCCUGUAAGUCUCGGAAGUAAAAUAAUGGAUGUUGGCAAAACAUUCUUGGACGAAAAUAGAAAAAUACAACACAAGUGUGACUAUGCAAAACUUAGAUACAUCGACCAAAGCAUUAGUGCCACAAAAUCCAGAUAUCAUAUUGAUGUGCUUACUGAAAAUUCGUUUUUCAAGGAAGUACGCGUUUAUAACAUGUCUCGGACGAAAAUGACUAUUUUGAAUUCCAAAUUCAAAACAUGGUGGAUGGAUUUUCCGAAAUUGGAAUUUCUUGAUUUAUCUUACAAUUACAUAGACGUGUUUGAUAUAGACACAACUGCUGUUGCAUGGGAUUUACCUCUACUUCAUGUCAACAUAAGCCAUAACAAUAUAACAAGGAUUACUGCAAAAUAUAUCACUAAAUUGGCUAGGCUGUCAGCUGUUUUGAUCCUUAAUCUUGAAGGGAAUCCAUUUCAUUGUGAUUGCAGUCCUGACAUGGAAAGAGUUGUAGAUCUUGUUCAAAAUGGUGACAUCUGGAUGAGUAAAUUGUAUUCACCAUACGCAUAUAUACGUAAUCUAAAGUGUGCUACCCCUGAAAGUGCAAAAGGGAAAACAUUUGUAAGUUUGACAAGAGCUGAUAUGUCAUGUGAGAUGACAUCAUACGCACCUAUAAUAAUAUUAAGCAUUGUGGUUGUGUUUCUUGUUGUUCUGAUUAUUGUCAUGGCAAGAUACAGGCGGGAAAUUCAAAUUUUAACAUACACCAGAUUUCACAUUGUCCUGUCCUGUCAACCACAGCAGAGUUUUCAAAACAAGAUAUAUGAUGCAUUUGUGUCGUAUAGUAGUGAAAACGAAGGAUGGGUAGUAAAAACUUUCCAAGCUCUUGAAGAAGAAGAGCACAUAAGAGGGUCAAACGGGUGCAACUUCCGGUUCUGUCUCCAUCAGCGAGAUUUCAUUGCAGGAAAAACGAUAUUUGACAAUGUUAUCGAUAGUGUAGAAUCCAGCCAUCAUACCGUUAUCAUUCUCUCAAAAUAUUUUUUGAACAGUCACUGGUGCAUGUACGAGUUUCAGGAAGCAUUUCAGCAAAGCAUCAUGGAGCGGAAACGUCACCUAAUUGUUGUACUGAUGGAAGAUAUCCCAGAGGCAGAGCUGCCAAAAGAACUGAAACGUUGUCUCAAAACUUUCACGUACAUCAGGAAAGACGACGCCAUAUUUCACGAUCGUCUUAUAUACGCUCUGGCCUUAAAGGGACAAAAAUCAGUCGCGGACGUCCCCAAGAAGGUCGAAAACCCUCCACCUAUAACCAUGGAGGACAAGGUGUCUGAAAUCAAUGGUUACUAUAACAUCGCAUUGGAACCUGAUGAUAUAACGGUAUGAAUAGAACAAUUGAAAUAUUCAUCAACAGUCUCCAUUGUAUGUGCUUCCUUGGAAGUACAAGUGUUCCUGAUACCAUUAAACCCGAAAACAUUAUGAUAUAAGAAGCACAAAAAGACAAUUAUAACAUUCAUCAACAGUCUCCAUUAUUUGUGCUCCCUUGGCAGUCCAAGUAUUUAUAAUACCAUUUAAACCCUAUGUUAUAACGAGAUAGUUAGCAUAAUUGCAAUAUCCAUCGAUAGUCUUCAUUAUAAGUGUUCCCUUGGAAGUACAAGUGUGCAUGAUACCAUUAAACCCGACUGUAUAAUGCUAUAAGUAGGUCAAAAAGACAAUUGAAAUAUUUCAUCAGCAGUCCUCAUUAUAUGUGCUCCCUUGUGAUACAAUUUAAACCCGAUGAUAUAACGAUAAAGAUAGAACAAUUGUAAUAUCCAUCAAAAGUCUAUAUGAUAUGUGCUCCCCUGGCAGAACCAAUAUUUAUGAUACCAAUUUAACCUGAUGUUAUAACGAUUAAGAUAGGUCAACAGAAAUAUUCAUUAACAGUCUCCAUUAUAUGUGCUCCCCUGUCAGAACAGGUGUUCAUGAUAUCAUUCAACAUCAUUCAAACGAUCUCGUAGUGCUUUAUUACAAUUAACACAAGCUAUAUACUGAGUCGCUUUAUGCAAAUAGUUUUUAUGUUAAUAAUUUUAUAAUUUUAUGAACUGAUAUGGAAAUGUUUUUGACGUCUGAUACUUUAUUAUCGCCAACAUGCUUAUGUUUGUUCAUUUAACCUGAUCCAGUAAAGGUAAACUCUCAAUUGGUUCGAAUAUGACAGAACCAGAUAACCAAAUCUAAGUAACCAUUGAUCAGAAAAGCUGAACUACACCAUGGGUCAUUAUUAUUAUUUACUGUUUUUCAAUGGUCCGGCCCUUUUAAAGCUUUUUUCACAGUUUUUUACGGCAUUUCAAUUUUGAUAUAACGUAUGGCAUAUCGCCUAUUUAAAAAAUAAUACUUGUGAAUGAAAUGUUGGGAAUAUUCUCCCGUGUAUUAUGUACAAUGAUGAACCAUUUUGAAACCAUAAUGAUCCCUGUCCCACUGUCUGUGGGUUUUUUCCCUAUAUACAGAAGCCUCCCGUAAACUUCCAUUUUGAUAUAACUGUAGAACAGUUGGGCAAGGAAACUUCCGUUGAUCAGGUAGCUCAAUCGGUUAGUCCGGGGUUUGAAUCCCGAUCUAGCCCCGAAGUAUUUACGCUCAGAGCACUGUUGUUGGUUUCAGCUGUAUUAUUUCUCAUAGAAGUCCCACAAAGUAUUUUUUUUUCUUUAAAAUUGAUCAAUUAAAACUAUAGUCAUGCCGGGAAAACAGCUCCCUAUACUUACUUACAGUUUCUAGCAGUGGGACGAGUGUCCUUAAAUAGGCCUUAAUAACAUUAAGCUUGAUACAACCUAGCCCGUGAAUCGGUUGCUUUGUAUACAUCUAUCAAGUAUCUAUAUAUAAACAAAGUAUUAAUACAAAUUAUCGUAUUCCGUCUGAAUUGCUAAAACAAGCCAAGUCGCCAUGCAUAUUGAACUGCUUGCGAUCGAUUUGACUCUCAUAACUUGUAUUUUGAGUUUUAAUUACCAUUUUAAUAGCGUAUAUACAUUUUAUUCAUUUUAUCAUUAAGCUGGGAAUGCUUGUUAAAAAUAAUUCCAGGUUGACCUCUAACCUGAUUGGUUGAACCCCUUAAAACCUACACUUAUGUCAGACUGAUACAUUUACGUAAUUUUUGACUUAAUAAAAAUUGAUCAAAUAGCUCAUGCAUAACAUGUUUGUCAUCUGUAGAAACUGUUGCUAUGAAUUUAUAAAUUGUGAUCAAAGGAUUUGUAUAUAUACAAAAACGAACGUCAGAUACAUUUAACGGGCAAAUGAAUGUUGCGUAACUCUUAAUCUAAGCUUUUUACAUGUAUGAAAUUUAGGUAUGCUUUUUAUGUUUGUGUUUAUCCAACCGACGUAACGGAUUAAUUCAAUAUAGACACAUUCUUCCUGGAGGGAAGACAAACAUUAUGUAACAGGUUAAAAAUGGUUGUCCAACUUCAAUGAACAUCUUAGAUUGUCAACUUUAUUUAAUAUCUUUAGAUCGAAAUUCGGUUUCUGAUAUAUUUAUAUGUAUAUAUUUAUUAUUGUAAAGAAUUAAAGUGAUCAUGGUACUGAUGUUUAUAUGAAAGUUAAUUUGAAAUACACUUCCUCAAAACGCCUAAACUGAAUUGCAAAUAUCUUUAAAGUUGACAAUACAACAUGAUUGAUAUAGGUAUAUCAAUUAUACCGAUGAAGAGUUUAAAACCUAAUUAUUUUUAUGAUUUUCAGCUUCUGAAUAACGUUAAAGUAUUAUUAUUAUCACCAAAAAAGACGUUAGGACACAUUUAUUUCCUAUUAGUCGAAAUAUCCGAACAACGUUAAUAUGUACUGUCUUAUAUAGCCGUUUUACGAUCAUGACGGACUUGUGUCACACAAUUGUAUUAGCGAAAUCUGUUGUCAAAUGAUUAUGCAUAAUGUGACAGAAUGACAGAACAUAUUGUAUAUAUAAAUUUGUUAUAAUUUGUGUUACUAUAUAUUCCAUAUAAGGAUCCCUGUCCCGCUCCAUUGUGGUUUUGCCUAUAUACCAUAACCUCCCCUUAACUUCCAUUUGGUAUAACUGUAACACAGUUGGACCAGGACACUGCCACCGACCAAAUCAGUUAGAGCGAUUGUAUAUCAAUAUGAGGUCCAGGCUUCGAAUUCCGAUCUAUUCUCGAUGAAUAUGUUUUUACACCCAGAACACUGUUGUUUAUUUCAUCUCUAUUUUUUCUGAUACAAGUCCCACAAGGUAUGCUUUCCAUUUCAGAAA